UGUUAAAUUGUUUGGUAGCCAUUUUGGUAGCCUAGAUUUCUUAAUUGCGGUUGACGCUGACGUAUUCUGCCUGGAUGGAAAGCGCGCCUGCGGAGACAACGUACGUCUCGGUCACAUCUGGCAACAGUUGUCCGUCCACAUGUCAUGAACAUUGAAAACAAUCCUGGUCAGCGGUGAGAGGGACAUUGAUGAAAUAUGAAGAAGGAAAUCGCAGCAGUGGUGUUUUUCCUGAAAAGACUCAUCAGGAAGGCUGAGAAGUUGGAGAUAGAGCAAGUGGAACAAUUUGUUGAGAGGUUAACUGUGGCGCUACAGGAGAAGUUCAGGGGCCAUUGGUACCCUGACAACCCCAGCAGAGGUCAAGCGUACAGGUGUAUCAGAGUGAACAGGUUACAGAAAGAAGAUCCAGAGCUGAAACGGGCCUGCCAGGAAUGUGGGGUACAUUACGGAGACCUGGGCCUUCCCCAUGAGAUAACCCUUUGGGUGGACCCAGGCGAGGUGUGCUGCAGGUAUGGAGAGAAAAACCAUGCUUUCACAGUGGCCAGUUUUUCUGGUGAUAAUGAUGAUGACAAAGAAGACGUCACCAAGAAGGUAACCAGUGCUGUGGAGAGGGUUACCUCAGACUACCAUUCUGGCUCUUCAUCUGAUGAGGAGAACAGCUUCAGGGAAACCCUCACACUCCCGCAGAGACACUCCACAUUCCAGAUGAACCCAGCGGCACCCUUGUGGCAUCCUGGACCCAAGAAUAAGAUGGGACCAAGCAGAGGAUUCAACCCUCCUCACCAUCACUACGGCUUUAGACCUCCAAGCAGACCCAACCAGCCCUUCAGACAGAACGGAUGGGCCCGCUCUGGCCACAAAGGUUGCCAUGGCUACUGGGGUAGCAUUCCAAACCUGGCACACUGUUAGAAAGCACUGUAGCGAUGUAGUCGAGUUGAUGUUAUGACAUGGGAGGGAGCUAAAAAGAAUUCCACUAAGAUGACUGACCAGAAUUUUACAAUUAUUUUUGUAGUGAGAUUCUAACUCUGGAAUUUAUAUUUGUUUAUUUUAAUGACAAUAGCAUAAACACAUUGCACUUUAGAUCAACUUUAUUAGUGUGAGUCCAUCUGUAGUUAAUUAAGUACAAAAUCCAAAGUAAUGGGUUUUCCUUGUAUCUCAUAGCCAUGAAAAUAUGUACUGUAUUUAUAUUUGAUGGAAUAAUCGUUACUUGCUGUCCACUAGUUAUUUACCAAUGAGCAAAUAGUAUAUUUAUUCACAUUGUAGUAUUAUGACUUGUACACCUUUUCUUAAAUUAUGAAAUUCAUUAAACACUUUCUAAUCGGAUUUGUGAGCUCCGGUAGACUCAGA